GCAGCUGCUCUCCCGCUCGCUCUCCUCGCUUUCCCGUCCAGCCGGACCUGCAGGUACGCCGGGAGCUCUUGGCAGCCGACCCCCGCGGAGAAAUGCCCGCGAUCCCGGCUUUCCCGUUGCGCCGCCGGCUCCCGCUCUUGCUUCUGCUGCAUUUCCCUCUCGCCCUCUGGAUGAAGAACGGCUGGGUGGCCGGCACAGCGGCGGCGGCGAUGAUGCCCGGCUCGUCUCCCCUGCCGGAAUCCGCCUUGCAGAAGCCCACCGUCUUCUUGGCCAUCCUGGCCAGGAACGCUGCCCGCUCCUUGCCCCAUUUCCUCGGCUGCCUGGAGAGGCUGCGCUACCCGAAGAACCGGAUCGCCGUCUGGGUGGCCACUGAUCAUAACAUUGACAACACAACCGCCAUGCUGAGAGAAUGGCUGAAGCACGUACAAAAACUCUACCACUAUGUUGAAUGGAGGCCAAUGGAUGAGCCUCAGUUUUAUCCAGAAGAAAUUGGACCGAAGCACUGGCCAAAUUCCAGAUUCACUCAUGUGAUGAAGCUAAGGCAGGCUGCUUUGAGAACUGCAAGGGAAAAGUGGUCUGAUUACAUCAUGUUCAUCGAUACUGACAAUUUUUUGACAAACCCAGAAGUAUUGAAUCUAAUGAUAGCAGAGAAUAAAACUCUCUUGGCCCCAAUGCUUGAAUCCCGAACUCUCUACUCUAACUUCUGGUGUGGGAUGACACCUCAAGGCUAUUAUAAGAGGACGCCAGAUUAUCCUCUGAUCAGGGAAUGGAAGAGAACUGGUUGCUUUGCAGUCCCAAUGAUACAUUCCACAUUCUUGAUUGAUCUGAGAAAAGAGGCAUCAGAUAAGCUGGCAUUUUAUCCCCCACACCAAGACUAUACCUGGACUUUUGAUGAUAUCAUUGUUCUUGCCUUCUCAAGUCGCCAAGCAGAUGUUCAGAUGUACAUUUGCAACAGAGAACAUUAUGGCUACCUUCCUGUGCCGCUGAAGCCACACCAGAUGCUAGAAGAUGAAGGGGACAAUAUUGUUCACAUGCUGAGUGAAGCGAUGAUUGACCAUCCUCCAAUUGAACCCUCCAAGUUUGUCACGGUUCCUCCAAAACACCCUGAGAAGAUGGGAUUUGAUGAGAUUUUCAUGAUCAAUCUGAAGCGUCGAAAAGACAGACGGGAUCGAAUGUUGCGGACUUUAUAUGAGCAGGAAAUUGAAGUCAAGCUAGUGGAAGCUGUGGAUGGAAAGAUGUUGAAUACAAGCCAGCUGAAAGCUCUGAAUAUAGAUAUGCUUCCUGGUUACCAAGAUCCAUACUCUUCCAGAGUGCUGACCAGAGGAGAAAUUGGCUGUUUCCUUAGCCACUAUUAUAUAUGGAAGGAGGUAGUGAGCAGGGAGAUGGAGAAGUGCCUAGUCAUUGAAGAUGACGUCCGCUUUGAGCAUCAGUUCAAAAAGAAGCUCACAAAGUUAAUGGAUGACAUUGAGAGAGGACAGCUGGACUGGGAUCUUAUAUAUAUAGGUCGGAAACGGAUGCAGGUAGAACAUCCAGAAAAGGCUGUACCCCAUGUGAUGAAUCUUGUGGAAGCUGAUUACUCUUAUUGGACACUGGGCUAUGCCAUCUCCUUGCAAGGAGCCCAGAAGCUAAUUGGAGCUCAACCUUUCAGCAAGAUGCUCCCUGUAGAUGAAUUCUUGCCAGUCAUGUACAACAAGCACCCAGUUGCCAAAUACAUGGAACAUUAUGAACCUAGAGAUCUGAAAGCUUUCUCUGCUGAGCCGUUGUUGAUCUAUCCAACACACUACACUGGACAAUCAGGCUACCUCAGUGACACAGAGACAUCCACCAUCUGGGACAACGAGACUGUGGCCACUGAUUGGGACCGGACACUGUCCCGGAAAUCACGGCAACAGGGCCAGAUCCAUAAAGAUGCCCAGAACAAGAAUGCCUUGCCACCUGGACCUUCCCUUGAGGUGUCAUCCACCAGAGAUGAGCUAUGAUUGUUAACUGGAUCAGCUUCAAGUUACUGGAAACAUCAGUGGGACUUCUAGAACUUCCAGAGAUAUUGACACGCUAUCUUGCUUGGCAAAAUAGUUUGAUAUGACUUCCUUGAAGGCGUUUGUCUCAUUUUUUCAGGGUGCUUGGAUGAACCUGACUGAAUCAAAGGUAGUAUUUUUUUAAAAAAAAAAUUAUUGAAAGGAGCCCUGGUUUUUGGCUGAUCGGCUUGUACUAAAGGAAAUUAUAUGGAGCUGCUGGAAAACUCUAGAAGGAAAUGAGGUUAUACUCAGGACAAAGAUUCCUUAAGCAAUGCCUUUCUACAAUUCUUGGUGUAGAAUUAUUGUAUUUAUAAAAAGUAAUAUAUACAAGAAUUGGGAAGGGUCUGCCAUGUUUUUCCACGUUGAUUAUUGGUCUGUUGUCUGCUGCAUUGCCUGAAUUCUUGCUGGUUCUGAUUUUGUGAAGCAUAUUCUGAAGCAGAAAUGUUAGAAUGCUAAAUAGUAUCUGAUGUCUUGAAAUUAUCAGAUGAUAGGACAGGAUUUCCUUUUUGUUCACGAUAUGAAUAGCAAUAGCAAUAGCAAUAGCAGUUAGACUUAUAUAC